AGAGUUUUUAUUUUCCUCCACUGCCCACAAGGCAUCGAUUCUCUCUUUCUCUCUCUCUCUCUCCUCUGUGUAUUUUUGCCGCUAGCUCUGCUCUGGUUUUGAUUUUGAUUCCUUGUGUUCCCAAAAAGAUUUAUUUCUUUUGUUUUAUAAAGAAAGAAAAAAAAAAGAAGAAAAUUGAUUUCCUCUUUCCAUGGAUGCCUUCUCUUAGAUUAGUAGUGUAGUUUUUAUUUUUUGUGUAGCUGUUGUACACAUUUAACAUCCCAUAGUGAAUGAUUCAGAUUCACAUCUCUUUUCUUUUAUUCCUUCCUCUCACCAUCACACCUCUAAGUUUGCUCUAUAAAUACACAUUUCCCCUCCCUUACCUUCUCUUAUAUUUUCCAUUGGUAUUUCAAACUUUGAACUACUAAAAUCACAACAAAGUCUCUAAAUUGUAGUGAAAAAAGAUCAUUCAACAACAAUGAGCUAUUCUCAUCAAAGCAUGGGUUCUGGUAGUAGAAGUACAAGGGGCUAUGAGUUUGGAAGGACUUAUGUUGUGAGGCCUAAAGGAAAGCACCAAGCUACUAUUGUUUGGUUGCAUGGUCUUGGAGAUAAUGGCUCCAGCUCUUCUCAGCUCUUGGAGAGCCUACCUCUUCCAAACAUAAAAUGGAUUUGUCCAACUGCUCCUUCGCGUCCUGUUUCGCUUCUGGGUGGAUUCCCUUGCACUGCCUGGUUUGACGUGGGAGAAAUUUCUGAGGAUCUUCAUGAUGAUAUAGAAGGCUUAGAUGCUUCAGCUGCACAUAUUGCUAACCUCUUAUCCGCUGAACCAACAGAUGUCAAAGUUGGGAUAGGAGGUUUCAGUAUGGGUGCAGCAAUAGCUCUCUACUCCACGACGUGCUACGCUCUUGGGCGUUAUGGAACCGGACAUCCUUAUACUAUUAACCUACGAGCUACUGUAGGACUUAGUGGUUGGCUUCCUGGUUGGAGGAGCUUAAGGAGCAAAAUAGAAAGUUCGAAUGAGGUUGCAAGGCGCGCUGCAUCGAUACCAAUCAUACUUGCACAUGGAACUUCGGAUGAUGUAGUUCCUUAUAGAUUUGGAGAAAAAUCUGCCCAUUCACUUGCCAUGGCUGGAUUCCGACAAACUAUGUUCAAACCAUAUGAAGGGCUUGGUCACUAUACGGUUCCUAAAGAAAUGGAUGAGGUGGUUCACUGGCUCGCCUCAAGGCUUGGUCUCGAGGGCUCACGUUAAACUCUACAAGCAUCUUCUAAGCAUCUCUAUAGCUACUAUACAAUGGUGUAGAAUAUUUAUAUUAUAUAUAAGGGGUGGGGGUUUCUUGGGGUAUACGGUAUUCUCAUGUUCUACUGUUUUGUGAUUUUUUCAUGCUUUUCUGCUGUUCUAUUCUUGAUUAUGAAUAAUAAUAAUAAAUAAAAAGGCUCUUUGUGCUUC